AUGUGCCACAUGCCACUUUUCUGUUGGAUGUCAGCCACGGUAUACGAGAUGUUGAACAGAACUGGCAAGUGGCAAAUUAAUAGCUCAGAUUUCCCAACAACCCUGACAGAAAUGCUGAUCCACUUCCUUCAUAUUCAGAUUAAUAUGAAAAAUAAGAAGCUACAUGAUGAAUUUGAAGACAACCGGUUCAAGCUUUGGGACAGAGAGAAACAAAGUGUUUUGAAAUUGGCCAAGUUAGCACUCGAAGAAUUAGAUAACAACAACUUCAUGUUUUCAAAUGACCACCUGAAUAAGUGUGGGAUUGAUGUCAAACAAACACCAUUGCACUCUGGUAUAUUGACUGAAAUUUGCCAGGAAGACGCCCUUUUUUUUAAGAGUAGAAUGUACUGCUUCGUUCAUCCCAUCAUCCAAGAAUUCCUUGCCGCUCUCUAUGUGUUUUAUGCAUAUGCAACACAGGACAUUAGUAAGCUUAGGUAUUUAAGCAGUAUCAGGUUUAAUGUGUUGCCUCAUAGAGUCCCUCUGCAUCACAUUUUGAACAUGGCUGUGGAUGGAGCUUUAAAGAGUGCUAAUGGACACUUAGACCUCUUCCUCCGCUUCCUUCUGGGAUUGUCAGUAGACUCCAGUCAGGAACUCUUACUUGGUUUAUUGCCAGACAAAGUGCGCAGUUCAAAUAGUAUCAAGGAAGUGUGUCAGACAAUCCAUGUGAAAUUCACAGAGAAUCUUUCCCCUGAAAGAUGCAUCAAUCUGUUUCACUGCUUGCUGGAAAUGAAAAACACCACGCUGUACAAACACAUUAAGGACUACGGGAUGUGUGGCAGGACAGACCUCUCUCCAGCCCACUGUUCAGCACUGGCCUCCAUUCUCUUGAUGUCUGAAGAGCCGCUGGAGGAGUUUGAUCUUAGGAUGUACAAAACGUCAGAAGAGGGCUGCAGAAGACUGGUUCCUGUGGUGAAGUGGUGCAAAAAAGCAUUACUUGCAUGGUGUAAACUCACCGAUGUCUCAUGCACAGUGGUUGCCUCAGCUCUAAAGGCAAGAACUUCACAGCUGACCGAACUGGACCUUACCUGCAAUGAUCUUUUUGAUCCAGGCAUGAUGCAGCUUUGUGAAGGACUUGUUUCUUCAAACUGUACAGUAGACUGA